AUGGCGGGAAAGCAGUGGCGUUUGGAGUGGACGCCAAAAGGGAAGGUGGUGCAACUGUUUGCUACAGUGGAAAGAGAGAUCCGUCCGAUCCAUGUGAUGGUGUUCAACAUUGGAGCUACCAGUUUUGACUCCAAUCCAGUGGCGCAACCGUUCGCUACAGUGGAAAGAGAGAUCUACCAGUUGGUGCAACUAUUUGCCACAGUGGAGGCGGAGAUCGGUCCGAUCCAUGUGAUGGUGUUCAACAUCGACCAGGUGGCUCGGCUGUUUGCUACAGUGGAGGGGGAAAUCGGUCCCAUCCAUGUGAUGGUGUUCAACAUUGGAGCAAGUAGCUCUAGAAUUGCUCCUGUCUCUCCUCUUUUCCCGGCUCCUCCCACCCUUUCCUCCCCGCAGACCAGGUGGCUCAACUACCACGUGGCUCAACUGUUCGCUACAGAGGAGGCGGAGAUCGGUCCGAUGCAUGUGAUGGUGUUCAACAUCGGAGCAAACCAGGUGGCUCAACUGUUUGCCACAGUGGAAAAGGAAAUUGGUCCGGUUCGAGUGGUGGUUUUCAACAUCGGAGCAAACGUCAAGUUUGAUGUGGUGGACACGACUUCGAGAGUUUACUUCAAGGUUUGGGAAAUGGCAUGCUUGGCAGGCUUCCUCACAUCUCGUGAGGCUGCACGGAGGAUGCUUCCCAGAAACUGCGGCACGAUUAUUCUCACCGGUGCUACUGCAAGCGUUCGUGGCGCUGCAGGGUUUUCUGCCUUUGCGGGAGCUAAGCACGCGCUAAGAGCUCUGGCUCAAUGCUUAGCUAAAGAAUUAGGUCCCCAGGGGGUACAUGUUUGCCAUGUGGUGAUUGAUGGGGCUGUUGACACACCGUGGAUUAGGGGGAAUUUUCCAGAGAUGGUAAAGGAGAAAGAGAAGGUGGAUGGGUUGGUGCAGCCUGAUGAUGUGGCGGAGCUGUAUUGGUCGCUGCAUAUGCAGAAGAGGAGUGGCUGGGCGUUCGAGGUGGACCUGAGGCCAUGGACGGAGAGAUGCCAUCAAAACACUCCAGCAGCAGAACCGCCUACGCGUUACGAGCCGGCUACCCGUUUAUCCGCCAUGGCGCGUCGCCUUUCUCCCUGGGGAUUGUCGCUGGUCCUGCUUGCGCUUCUCGCGGCGCUUCUUCCGGAGCUGUGCGCCGCGGACGAUGAUGGCAGCUCUCGCCAGUACGAUGGGAAGACCGGCGCGAAGAAGCUUAUAGCGGAGAUGAAGAAGAAAGGCUACAACACUGCGCUGUCGCUUUUCGAAUCGACAGGCGGUGCAAAGGAGUUCCCUGCAACAAUGAGUUACUACCGCCUCACCGUUCUCGCGCCCACCGAUGAGGCCAUUCUGCCCCCUCUCGUUCAAUGUGCCCCGAUUUGCCUCCAGGUAUCGAAUAGCCAAGGAGCUUCCAGAAGCAAUGAGCUACUACCGCCUCACCGUUCUCGCGCCCACAGACGAGGCCUGUCGCCAAAUAACACUGCUCCCCCCUCUCUUCCCCACCCUCCGCCGCAUCACUCUCCUCUUUCAGGAAUAGCCAAGGAGCUUCCAGAAGCAAUGAGCUACUACCGCCUCACCGUUCUCGCGCCCACUGACGAGGCAUUUGCGAAGCUUUCUUCGAGCGUGACCAAGGGGCUGAGCAAGGCGGCGAUGCGGGAUAUCACGAUGCUUCAUAUUGUAAAGGGGAGAAAGACCGCUGCUACUUUAAUUCGCAUGCGGAGGGAGCACGAGAGCGUGACCAAGGGGCUGAGCAAGGCGGCGAUGCGGGACAUCACGAUGCUGCAUACUGUGAAGGGGAGGAAGACGGCUGCUACCCUCAUUCGCAUGCAGAGGGAGCACGAGGUGAGUGCUAUAGAAAGCUUCUCCGCAUUGCAAUGUGUACUGCUAACCUUCUACAAGCCACAUUGUGAAGGGGAGGAAGGAUGCCGCUACCCUGAUUCGCAUGCAGAGGGAGCACGAGGUAAUGGCGCACUCUCUAAUACCGGAGAAGCAGGGUCGGUCAAACCAGUCAAUUUGUGUGUGACUUUCCCUCUCUUCCCCUCUCUUUCCCUCUCCUCCCCUCUCUUUCCAUCCCCUCUUCCCUCCUCUCCCUUUUCCUCCCCUCUCCCCUCCCAGUGGCGAACGCCCUCCAAGGCCAGAGAAGCAGGUCUCUUCAAAGCCACAGAAACGAAAGUCAAGCCGGUCAACUCGGUGAAGCCAGUCAAGCUGUGUAUGUGGUUCCCUCCCUUCCCCCUUCUCCCCUCUCCAGUGGCGACGUCCUUCCAAGAACGGAGAAGCGGGUCUCUUCAAAGCCACAGAAACGAAAGUCAAGCCAGUCAACUCGGUCAAGCCAGUCAACCAAGUCAACCUGUGUGUGCGUUUCCCUCUCUUCCCCUCCCUCUCACCUCCCAGUGGCGAACUCCCUCCAGGAACGGAGAGGCAGGGCUUUUCAAAGCCACAGAAACGAAAGUCAAGCCGGUCAACUCAGUCAAGCCAGUCAAGCUGUGUAUGUGGUUCCCUCCCUUCCCUUUUCUCCCCUCUCCAGUGGCGAACGCCCUCCAAGAACGGAGAGGCAAGUCUCUUCAAAGUCACGGAAGCAAAAGUCAACCCAGUCAAACUAGUCUUACGCUUCCCUCCCCUCCCUUUUAUCCUUCCCUUCCCUCUCCCUUCCAGUGGCGAACUCCCUCCAAGAACGGAGAAGCAGGUCUCUUCAAAGCCACAGAAGCAAAAGUCAAGCCGGUCAAACUACAUGCAGAGGGCGGCAAGAAUGUGACUAUAACGAAGCCGGAUUCGGUGCUGCUGACGAUCUCUGCCGUCCACGGCAUCGACAAGGUGAUCAUUCCGGGCGGCAAGCUGACCGGGGCGAAAAAGAAGCUGUCGCUGAAGGAGUGUUUGGAUCUGAGCAAUGGGGAGGAGGACUUGGAUUAUGACAACUAG